GAGGAGGGGGACGUCUGGUCCCGGUUGGGAGGUGGAGCAGCCGCUGAAGCCUCCGCCGCCGCCGCCUCCGGAAAGGGAGAGGCUGGAGAGACCGAGACUUGGAAACCCCAAAGUGCCCGCGACCCUGCACGGCAGGCUCCCUUCCAGCUUCAUGGGCAAAGUGUGGAAACAGCAGAUGUACCCUCAGUACGCCGCCUACUACUACCCCCAGUAUCUGCAGGCGAAGCAGUCUCUGGUCCCAGCGCACCCCAUGGCCCCUCCCAGUCCCAGCACCACCAGCAGUAAUAACAACAGUAGCAGCAGUAGCAAUUCAGGAUGGGAUCAACUAAGCAAAACCAACCUGUACAUCCGAGGCCUGCCCCCAAACACCACUGACCAGGACCUGGUGAAGCUCUGCCAGCCAUAUGGCAAAAUAGUCUCCACAAAGGCAAUUUUGGAUAAGACAACAAACAAAUGCAAAGGUUAUGGUUUUGUUGACUUCGACAGUCCUGCAGCAGCUCAGAAAGCUGUGUCUGCCCUGAAGGCCAGUGGAGUUCAAGCUCAGAUGGCAAAGCAACAGGAACAAGAUCCUACCAACCUGUAUAUUUCCAAUUUGCCACUGUCCAUGGAUGAGCAAGAACUUGAAAAUAUGCUCAAACCUUUUGGACAAGUUAUUUCUACAAGGAUACUACGUGACUCCAGUGGCACAAGUCGUGGUGUUGGCUUUGCCAGGAUGGAAUCAACAGAAAAAUGUGAGGCUGUUAUUGGUCAUUUUAAUGGAAAAUUCAUUAAGACCCCACCAGGAGUUUCUGCUCCUACAGAACCUUUAUUGUGCAAGUUUGCAGAUGGAGGACAGAAGAAGCGACAGAACCCAAACAAAUACAUCCCUAAUGGAAGACCAUGGCACAGAGAAGGAGAGGUGAGACUUGCUGGAAUGACACUCACUUAUGACCCAACUACAGCUGCUAUACAGAAUGGAUUUUAUCCUUCACCAUACAGUAUUGCUACAAACCGAAUGAUCACUCAAACUUCUCUUACACCCUACAUUGCAUCUCCUGUAUCUGCCUACCAGGUGGCAAAGGAAACCAGAGAAAACAAGUAUCGGGGCUCUGCUAUCAAGGUGCAAAGUCCUUCUUGGAUGCAACCUCAACCAUAUAUCCUACAGCACCCUGGCGCUGUGUUAACUCCCUCAAUGGAGCAUACCAUGUCACUACAGCCGGCAUCUAUGAUCAGCCCCCUGGCCCAGCAGAUGAGUCAUCUUUCCCUAGGCAGCACCGGAACAUACAUGCCUGCGACAUCAGCCAUGCAAGGAGCCUACCUGCCACAGUACACACACAUGCAGACGACGGCAGUUCCUGUCGAGGAAGCAAGUCCUCAACAGCAGGUGGCUGUAGAGACAUCUAAUGAUCAUUCUCCAUAUACCUUUCAACCUAAUAAGUAACUGUGAGGUGUACAGAAGGAUGCUCUUACAUGAAGAAGGGUGUGAAGGCUGAACAAUCAUGGAUUUUUCUGAUCAAUUGUGCUUUAGGAAAUUAUUGACAGUUUUGCACAGGUUCUUGAAAAUGUUAUUUAUAAUGAAAUCAACUAAAACUAUUUUUGCUAUAAGUUCUAUAAGGUGCAUAAAACCCUUAAAUUCAUCUAGUAGCUGUUCCCCUGAACAGGUUUAUUUUAGUAAAAAACAAACAAAAAAAA